UCCGCGCUCGCCGCCAGGUCACCGCCGCCACCGGACUGUCACCGCGCGCUCGUACCGCUUAGGUCUUGUCCCCGGCUCCCCUUGGGACUGUAAACCCGGCUAAGGGCCCGUGGGAGCCCGCGCAGGAGCCGGCGGCAUUUCGAAGGGCGGAGGCCGAGAGCGCCGGGAGCGCCCCUGUCUAGCGAGCGGUUUGACGGUCCCUGAGUGUUAGCCGCCGGCCCCGCCCGCUGGGCCUUCCCUCCGCGGGGCGCGCACCGCCGCCGGCGGGGCCUCAGCUCCGGGCCGUCGGGGCUGCAGUGUUCUCGCUCCUUCGCCCAGUCUGUGGACCUCAAACUCGGGCUUUUUAGACUUAAAACCCUCGCUUCCGCACUUACCCCCCUUGUUUGGUGUGGUAUUGGGUCCUGACUUUUGAAAUUCCUGGGUCAGAUAUUUCAAAAACAGUAGAUUUUUUCCCCCCCGCUUUUUCUUUUGACAGGGGAAGAAGAAAAUCUUUACUAGCUCAUACCGUUUUUCAAACGAAAAGCCAUUUCAAUACCAGUAUAAGAAAGGCACAAUCCCAGAAUAAGGAUGGCCCUUAGUUUGCAUAUCACAUUAUAAAAUAAUUUAGUAUAUCAUAAAUAGUAUAAUUUUGUUGCAUGCAGAUGAAAGCUAGGCAUUAGAACCACCCUGUUAGCAUGAUUUAGCACUGGUUUGGGGAGCCAAAUUUAGGUUAUAAAAACCAACUUCAGUUUACUAGAUGUUUUGGGGAACGUCAGUCAACCUUUAGCAAAACUGUUUCCCAUUAGAAAAAUGGGUGUAUGCAAGGACUACAGGUAUUAUUGUAACUGAGAGGAACAAAUGUGACUCCAUAUUGGAUCUCCUUCUUUUACGUUCACCUUUGUAUUCUCUUGCUUUUGCUACACCUUAAUAACUAAAAGAAUGUUGCCUGUAGCCUGAAAUAUGCGGGAGAGCCCAUCCUCAAGGCUUUGACCUUUAAAGGUGUAACCCUUUCCUAUUCAUAUAGAGAUAAAAAGUUGCAGGGCAGAGGAUAACGUUUGCCUUGUUGGAGGCUAAUAGGAGCAUCCUGACCUGACCUAGUGGAAGGCUGCAAGAACAAUGGAUUCUGGCCCCAAGAAGUUUGCAGCAAUCUGCCACACCCCUUCCCCUUUUAGUGUAAAGAAAGCCUGAGUCCACUAUCUUCUCCAUCCGCCGGCUUUCCGAAUAAAAUUGCUCUUCCUUGCUUCAGUAACUCAGCUUUUGAUUCAUUGGCCUGCCAUGCAGCGGGCAGUAGGAGCUUGGACUUGGUAACAGUAUGUUAAAAGCAUAGUUUACAUUGCUUCCUAAAAAACCAGUGUGAUGGUUCUCACUAGCCUACUGCCUUAUGCAAGGCUGGUUUAGAGACCACAGGAAAGUCAUACUAUAAAUACCUGUACCCUUUUAUGUUAGUAAAAUCAAGUUUAAAACUUGAUUGGAAGUUUGGAAAAUGUGGAAGAACUCCAGAGCUGGACGAGACUCACCACCUGGACUGCAGCACACUCCCUGAAUUAAGUAGGGGAAAUAGUGUAUGUUUUCAGUAUGAUUUACUAUAACACUCCGUCCCUGCUCACCACCAACAGAUUUUUUUUGAUGCCUUCUGGUUUAAAGAACCUCCAGCUGCUCUGAUGAUCGCUUAAGAAGACUGCAUGCUGCCCCCUUUCAAUGCCAAGCCAGGCCCACUCAGAAGCUCAGUUCUCAGUCCUUCAUGGAGACCAGGUCCCAGCAGGAAUGGCAGUGGAGGAAAUUGGCACCCAGAUGGUUCCUCCACGUGAAGUUGUCUUGGGCUGCGGGCCAACUCGAGAACACCUGGUGACCAGGCUAGCCCUCUGCCAGUCACCCAGGGCAGGGCAGCAUGGUGCGGAUUCGGAGGAGGAAGCUUCUGGCAUCUUGCCUGUGCGUCACGGCUACUGUCUUUCUGCUCGUCACACUCCAGGUAGUGGUUGAGCUGGGAAAAUUUGAAGGGAAGAAGUUUAAAAAUUCUAAUUUGAAAGACGGACAUGCACAAAUGGAAGAAGAGCCUAUGCGUCUCCAUCCAUUCCUUAAGAGAGAAGGACUGACCCUGAAUAGGAAAAAAACAUUGGCAGCUGAUAGCUACCCCAUCAUGCUCUGGUGGUCCCCACUGACUGGGGAAAAUGGAAGGCUAGGCCAGUGCGGGGCAGACACUUGUUUCUUCACCAUCAACCGGACCUACCUCCAUCAUCACAGGACCAAAGCCUUCCUCUUCUAUGGUACUGACUUUAACAUAGAUAGCUUACCUCUGCCUCGGAAAGCCCAUCACGACUGGGCCCUUUUUCAUGAAGAGUCUCCGAAAAACAAUUAUAAGCUCUUUCACCAGCCAGUCAUCACCUUGUUCAACUACACGGCCACCUUCAGCCGGCAUUCCCACCUGCCACUAACUACCCAGUACCUGGAGGGUACAGAAGUCCUGAAGUCACUCCGAUACCUGGUCCCCUUGCAGUCCAAAAACAACCUUCGAAAAAGCCUCGCUCCUCUGGUGUACGUACAGUCCGACUGUGACCCACCCUCAGACAGAGACAGCUACGUUCGAGAGCUGAUGACGUACAUUGAGGUCGAUUCUUAUGGUGAGUGUUUGCGAAACAAAGCUCUCCCUCAGCAGCUGAACGGUCCAGCCUCUAUGGACACUGGUGACUUUUAUAGGAUCCUUGCCCAGUAUAAGUUUAUCCUUGCUUUUGAGAAUGCGGUUUGCGAUGACUACAUCACUGAGAAGUUCUGGAGACCUCUGAAACUGGGGGUUGUCCCUGUGUAUUACGGAUCACCCAGCAUCGCAGACUGGCUUCCAAGUAAUAGAAGUGCUAUCCUGGUAUCAGAAUUUUCUCACCCUAGAGAACUGGCAAGUUACAUCAGACAGCUGGAUCACGACGACAGACUGUACCAGGCCUACAUAGAAUGGAAGCUGAAGGGUGAGAUUUCGAAUCAGCGACUUCUCACUGCUCUCAGGGAACGGAAAUGGGGGGUGCAGGACAUCAAGCAGGACAACUACAUUGACGCAUUUGAGUGUAUGGUGUGCACCAAGGUGUGGGAUAACAUUAGGCUCCAGGAAAAGGGCUUACCACUCAAACGAUGGAAGGCAGACAUUACCCACCUGAGCUGUCCAGAGCCUACAGCGUUUGCUUUCUCACCCCUCGCCCCACGUCGGAGCUCUUUGCGAGAGAUGUGGAUACCAAGCUUCCAACAAUCCAAGAAAGAAGCCCAAGCACUAAGGUGGCUGGUUGAUAGGAAUCAAAACUUUUCAACUCAAGAGUUUUGGGCCCUAGUAUUCAAGGACUAAUAUCAAAAAGUGUCAGUUUUAUUUUCUAGGUUGCCUUAGUAUCUGAAUAUAAUAGCUGCUCUGUGGACGAUCCACUAGGAUGAGAAUUAAUGGCUGCCGUACUCCUAGUGAGCUCUAUUGAAUAAUAGAUGUGAGUAACCCCUAGGGGUCACUUCUCUGUUUUUUAUACUAGAAAAGAAAUAUUUCUUAUGAACACUGGUCACCUUCAGUGUACAUGUCUGGACCCGCAUCCCUGCCGCCUUGUGUGGAAAUUCACCUACUGUAGAAUGAGUGUUUUCCUUGCUGCAAGGAAAGAGUCCUUGCAAGGAAGGCAGAGGGUGUAGCUGUGGAUUCUUACACUCACCUCACUGGCUGUAUUUAUUGGUAUUUGGCAAGCCCAGUGUCCCGAUGCUGAGCAGGAACAUGAAAUGCGUUAGAACUUGGCAAUGAGAGAUGCCAUCUGUUGGUUUCCAGGCAUGUGAGUGAGUAGUGAAGGCUGCGUGGGGUUGAUCCGCUGUGUCCCCAGAUCUAAAGAACAUAGCAUGUCUCUGCCUCUUCCAUACUUUCAGCCACCUCUCCCGCCUUUCUUAUUACCACCUUGCCCUGCGUCCUCCCCCGUUCCUCCCUGGAGCGAACGUCUUGGGAAGAUGUGCCUCUUCCUUGUGUGUUUUGAGUGGUGAGUUGUUCCCUAUGUUCCCUUAUUCCACUGAGCAGAAUAGUACAGAGAGUCCUGUGGUUCAGGCUGGACAGCCUGUGCGUUUUGAUCGCUGUGAGCAUGAAGGUGAGUGCCCUGGGGAACUCCAGUGGUGUGGAAGCGGAUUUGUCUUGUCUUAGGGUGAUGCGCAGCCUGCAGUGGUGGGCAGCCCUGCCAGUUCGGGAGCAUUCCCUGUCAUUUCUGAUCCUGUCACAGAGGAGUUUCAGCUGUCUUAUCUGGAGCUUCUACUGGAGCUUCUCGAAAGACAAGGAGAAAACACUGGCUCUCGUUCUCUUUCCUUGUGAGCGUGGGGAGGCUUCUAGAUCACACUAAAGCCUGUUGCCACCCGACGUGUGAUGGCUUUGAUAUUCUUUAUUGUGGAAAGACGUAAGCUCCAGAGGACAGGAGGAGUCCUGGGUACUCAUGUCCCUGAUGUGGCAUCAGGGGAAACCUGAGGAAAGCACCCUCUCGGCACCAGCUGCCUUUGUAUCACAGGCCAGUGCCUUUCUGUUCCUGCCAAGGGCGAUCUCUUCCUUAUGUAGCUGUCUUUCUGGCUGUGCCAGAGAAAUAAAGACUGAAACCAGUACAUUCUUUUAGCAGCAAGAGGGGUCACAUUGUUUCUUCCCUCUGACUGGGUUCUUCUCCAUCCCAGCUCUGCCAUUAACUAACUAUGAUUUUGAACAAAUCUCUUAACCUCCCUGGGCCUUAGUUUUUGUACCUAAAAAGAAGUGAUUGGGCUGGUCUUGGAAGUUCUUUUCUGUGUAACAUUCUUUAAUUAUCGAAAUUUAAGAAGCUUCAUUUUGUAGGUGUUUUUACUAGGACAGUAACAAACUAGGUUAGAGCCACUGUGUGUUUUUCAAGGGAAGCACACUCUUCUUUAAAGGAGGAAGCAUACUUAUUGGGUAGUGUUGGGGAUGGAAAGGAAUUUAUUUAUCUCUCUGCUGUUUUAUCUGAUAAUAUCAAAAGGGAAAGGAUUGGAAAGGCCAGAUUUUAAAUUGUAUAUUAAAUGGGUUUAUUUGUUUGUUUCUUUUCUUCUCUUUCUUUUUUUCCCCACUCUUAAAAAAAGCCCAGGAUAUGAUUUGUGCCUCUGAUGAGACAUUAUCAAGUAGAUUCAGUUCUCCUUCACAAAUGCCUUAAGCAGAUAUCCCCCAGUGCUUAUGUGCUGCAUGUAGGUCUUUUAAAAAAAUUUUUAUUUAAUUAAUUAAUUUAAUUUUGGCUGCGUUGGGUCUUCAUU